GUUGUUUGCGGUUUGCAUUUAGAGUGAUUAAGUGUUGUAAUGUCUUGUACAGGAAAGUUAUGAAGGGAAAUAAAAAGGUGGCAAAGAAUAAGGGAGUCCCCAAUGAAAGGCGUCGUCUAUCUCUUAGGCCGAGAACGACCCCAAUUGCAAAAACACCAGUAAUUCCUGAGGGGAGUAAGAAGAGUAAGAAGAGUACGCAAGAGAGAGAACCGAGUCACAUAUCGCUCUCAGUCACAGAUGAGUCCGAAAGGGAGGGGUCUGAAAGUGAGGUAUAUAUUUUGUAUUCAUUGUAACUGCAUUACUAGACUUCUUGUAGUACUAGGAUUACUAGACUUCUUGUAUUACUAGCAUUACUAGCAUUACUAACAUUACUAGCAUUACUAACAUGUAUAUAUGUAUUUUCAGAGGAGUAAGAAGAGUACGCCAGAGAGAGAACCGAGUUACCAAUCGCGCUCAAUCUCAGAUGAAUCCGAAAGGGAGGGGUCCGAAAGUGAGGAGGAAAUGCAACCACCGCAACCCCUUGAGUUAUACUUCAAAAGCAGUGAGUUCACGAAGAUUUGCAAGAUACAAACCAAGUGCUAUGUGAGCGCGACAGUAAAAGUCAUCAAGGAGACGCUUAAGAAGGAUCAGGCCGAAUGGUUCACGAGUCAUUCCCAGUUUCGACAUUUCUUUCACAUGCCAGAGGAACCAAACCUGAAGCUCCAAGGGAUGUGGAUGUUACUCCUGCACACCAUUUGUACUCCAGAAGAUGAUGUUGCAUGGUUUGCGGUUAAUGGUGUACCCAUCCGCUAUUCUAUGAGGGAGCACGCCCUCAUCUCUGGCUUAGACUGCACUGAGUAUCCGAGAAAAUAUAAGAAGAUCGGGGGUCAUGAGUUCGUGAAUUACUACUUCCAUGACAUAGAGAAGAUCACCAUCACUGAUGUGAAGCAGAAGCUGUUGUCUAUGCCGGAUUGUCCAGAUAAAUUGAAGAUGGCUGUCUUGUUUUUCCUUGGUACUGUUAUCAGAGGAAAGCCAAGGUAUGAGGGAAAUUUAGACUCCUUCAUAUUGAGGAUGGUGGAUGAUUUGGAUGCUUGCAAAACAUUUCCCUGGGGUCGUCUAACAUUUGAAGAUUCAAUAAGGAAGAUUAAGCGUGUGAUGAACCAAUUAAAGGGAGAAGUGACAAAAGAUGCAGUCUCCUUUCCUUGUUUCAUAGUCCCCUUAGAGGUAAGCAUAUAAUUUAGUAAAAGUUUUAGUUGUUAAAUAAUUGAAAAUCUGACAUGUAUGUGACACUGGAUUCUAUAGAUUCUGGCUUUUGAGUGUAUUCCUGCUCUGGGAAAAGAGUUUAGAAUCUAUCAAAAGAAUCCUUGUGCGGACUGUCCAAGGAUGUGCAAGAGCCGGUUUACAAAGACCAGUAUGAGGGGCUAUCCUUUGGAAGACAUAUACCGAGCGCUUGGAGACACAAAGACUAUUCACAGUGUGUUGGAACCAAAUAUUGGUGAGGAAAUGUUGUUGGCUCGUAUCAUUGACUUGGAACGAGAGUAUGACCGUCAGGGCAGCCCAAGCGAGACUUGGAACCACUGGUUAACUGUGAAGCAGAAGAGUAUUUGGUGGGAAGAGCUGUAUGAUUUAGAUCAAGCUGCACGAGUGUUUACAAAAAAGAAGGACAAAGAAAAGGUGACGUUUGCAGAAGCAUCAUCCUCUGAUUCGAGCUUGCAAGGUCUGGAAAAUAGGCUUUUGGAUUUCAUGGGAGAAGCAUUUGUUGGACUUAACUUUACGGUGGAGACAAAGCUGGAGGCUGUUGAUUUGAGGCUGGGUGGAAUUGAAAAGAACCAGCGGCUGUUGAGAUGCAGGGCUAAAAAAAUAGAAAAAAGGCUAACAUCUAUCGAGAAUAAGGUGAGUGAGAAGCCGAAUCGUGGUGAAGACAUGGAUUUUGGACAGUGCGAUGGUACGGAUUUUGGACAGUGGGAUGGGAAGGAAAAAGAUGAUGCUGAGGAAGAAGAGAAGGAGAAGAGUGGCAAAGAGAAGGAGAAGAGUGGAGAGGUUGAUAAAGAUAAGGAAAACAGCGAGACUGAUGAGGAAAAUGAUAGUGAGCGAGAGUUGAACGAACUGAAGGAGAGAUGUAGAGUACAGGCUGAUGAACUAUGGAGGGAAGUAGAGGCAGCUGAGGCUGAAGAGGAUCAAGCAAAUGACGAAAGGAAAGAGGCUGCAACCAAUGAGGAAAGCAUUGAGAAUAGUGAGGAUGAUGAGAAAGUGGAGGCAUCUGAGUCUCCAAACAGUGAGCCUCGUUUUGAGUCUCCGAUCAAUGUGCCUCGUUUUGAGUCUCCGAUCAAUGAGCCUCGGGUUGAGGCAGAUAAAACUCCAACACCACCAUCAGGUGGUAGGACUAAGGCAAUGGCUGUGAGGAGAGUAGUGGUGGUGGAAGCCAAGGAAAAAGCUAUUGAGAAAGCUGUGGAGUUAGAGAAAAAAACUAGUGAGGAAGUUGUGGAGGCAGAGGAAAAAAACUAGUGAGAAAGCUGUGGAGGCAGAGGAAAAAACUAGUGAGACAGUUGUGGAGGCAGAGGAAAAAACUAGUGAGAAAGUUGUGGAGAGGAUGGAUGGGACCAAGGAAGCUACGAGGCCUAGGAUCAGGCAUAGAUGCAAGGAGAAGACAAUGACGUCUGGCAAACCGACUCCUAAGAGGAGGGGCAGACCAAGGAGGAGUAUUGCUGAUGCUGCACCAAAGAAGAGUGAUUGCACACCACAUGCAUCUAAGGGAAGAGGGAAGAGGAAGUGUGAACCAUCACAGUGGGUGCAGACUCCUUUCACGAGGGGGAAGAAGCCUAAAACAAAGGCUUAGCCUAGGAGAAGCCUUAUGUAUUUAAGAUGUUAAUUUAAGUAUUUUGGAUGUUUAAAACUUGGUAGGAGAAUGCUUUAUGUUUGGAUGUUUAAAACUUAUAAUGCUUUUGAAUGUUGGUAUGUUGCAAAAGACAGGUUUGGAAAACUAUAUUUACAGAUGUUACUAUGGCCAAAAA